AUGGAGAUAAUUAAUCACUGGAUGGCCUAUCCUGAUCAAGCAAUAAUGCUUAACUUGGGUUCUUGUCUAAUGUGGAAUAUAUGGAAGGUUAGGAACGAAUUGGUCUUCAACAACAAUCACGUUAACGUCAGUACCUGUAUUCAUAAAACCCUAGAAGACUUCAGAGUUUUUGAUCUUCAUCAUGCCUUAAACUACUGCUCAGGAAUUCCAGUAACGCAGAAUGACAUUGCAGUUUGGGAACUUCCACCUCCAUCGUUCGUGAAGAUAAAUGUGGAUGCAACCUAUAACGAUGGUAAAGGAGCUGUGGCAACAAUAGCGUUGGAUGAUUUUGGUAAUCAUAUGGGUAGUGGUGCUAUCUGUUUUGAUACAUUUUCCUCAACAGUGGCAGAGGCAAAAGCUUACUGCUUUGGAAUUCAAUUGGCAAAGAGAUUACAACUGUCACGUAUAAUCAUGGAAGGUGAUGCUUAUGAGAUUCCAAAAGCAGUGACUAGGAAUACAAAUGAGAUCUCAUGGAGUCUUCGCUCAACGGUUCUCUCAAUUCGUGAUCGCAUCAAGGAUUUUAGCGAAAUUAGAUUUGCAGCUAUUCUUAGAGAUGCUAAUUCUAUUGCAUAUGACUUAGUUCAAUAUGCAAUUUCAAACUUUAUAAACAGAUGGUGGUAUCAUGAUGAACCACUAAAUUGUAUUAUGCAACGUCUCACUUUCAGUGAGGAUUAA